CUUAGCCCAUAGAAAUUAAGUGUAUUAUAGCUUCACCGAAAUAAGCCGAAGCGCAGGAUUAAGCUGAAUUGCGGUUUCGGUGAGACAGGAGUUGAGCAUGGGCAAAGAAGAAGAAAAAGAAGCAUCACCCGCCCCUCCUCCCCCUCCUGUUCCUCCUCCUCCUCCUCCAUUUGAUCCCAGUCGAAUGAUUGGUAUCAUCAAAAGGAAAGCUUUGAUUAAAGAAUUGGCUGCCUUAUACCACGCUGAGUGCCUUGCUUACUGUCAACAACUUUUGGAACUUCAGAAAAGAUGGGAAGAGUUUUUUAUAAAAUUCUUGCAGCCAUUUGUGGAUACAAAAACUCCUGAUGAUUUACGGAAAGAAACAGCGAAGCCCCCCAAGCGACGAAAGAAGACCCGCUGAGCAUAUUAUUCUAUUAGGAAGCACCUCUGACCACUUCAUACUAAAAGGCAAACAGCUAGGAAUGGAAAGGUCUAUAUCACUGUUGCAGUGUAUGGUAUAUAUACUUCAUGUACAAUGUUUUGGACUAUGAUUAUUAGAAACAUAGCUGUGAAGCAUGCUACCGGUGGACCA